AUGCGCUAUACCCUGAUCAACGGCCUUCUCCUCCUGGGCAUCUCGCCUUUGACCUCACUCGCCCUUCCCGUGGACCCCAAUGACCAAGGCGGCGUCUGGGACCCCAGUGGCCAAUACCGAAAGGGUCACUAUGAUAGCAAUGGAGACUUCAUCCCGAAUGAGCAAGGCCAGGUUGGAUGGAAUGAAAAUGGCCAGAACUGGCAAAACGGCCAGAACUACCAGAAUAGUCAAAAUGGCUACUAUGAUCAAAAUGGCCAGUGGCGCUCAAACACCUGGAACCAGAACAACAACAACAAUAACAACAACAACAACAACUGGAACCAGAAUGGCCAGAAUGGUCAAUACAACCGUUGGCAGCGUCGGUCUCUGCCUGGGCAGCCUUUGAAUGCCGAAGAGCUCCGCAACCACGGAAACCUGGGAGUCCCGGGCGUUGGCCUUCCCGGAGUGGGCGUCCCUGGAGUUGGUAUCCACGCUCGCAACUGGCCUUAUGAUGGGAAUAACCAAGGUGGCUGGACCGAUACGAAUGGACAGUGGCACUCCAACAAUAACAACCAGAAUAGCCAGGCUGGAUGGACUGAUGCGAAUGGUGUUUGGCACUCGACAGACUACUCCCAGGGCUGGACAGAUGCCAACGGCAUUUGGCACCAGAACCCAAACACUCAGAAUCAGAACAACCAGGGUGGUUGGACUGAUGCUAAUGGCCAAUGGCACGCCAACCAGAAGCGUGGACUUCAGCCAACUCCUGCCAACUUGGCCGAUCCAAAUGUCCUGAACCAGGCCCAGGCUGCUGCCUCUCUCAAUGAUGCUACCCGUGUGGCACAUGUCCCACGCCACUAUCCCAAUGAUCGCUACGACGAGUACGAGCGCGAGCGGGAGCAGGAUCGUGAGGAAGAUCGUGAGACUGCCCUGGAUGUUGCCUCUGCUAUCAUUCCUCGUUGGUGGCCGUUCACCGACAGCAACUGGAACCGUAACGACAACUGGGACUCGAACAACAACUGCGACCGCAAUGACUGGAACUGCCGCAAUCGUUACAACGACAAGUGCAAGAAUGGCGACUGGAACGACCGCUCUGGCUGGUCUUGCCGCUCUGACUGGAGCCGUCCUACACCCUCUGCCCGUGUCUAUGCUCGCAACUAUCCUCAGGAUCAAAACAACUGGAACAACAACAACAACCACCAGGACUACCCCCAGGCGACCUCUUCUGUCAACUACAAAAAUGAGCACCAAGACAAAGACCUCAAGGUCACAGGUGGUGAGCAGGAAUAA